AUGGGAGCUAACGUUGUUCGAGUUCUUCAACAGAAUAAUCUGCGGCUGUUCCACACGCGAUCAUCUCUGACCUGUUUUCCAGGCGCACCAUGUUCUCCUUCAGACUGCAGCGCUCACUUCCUGUCUGUGCUGCGGCUGCGACGUCUGCGCUCCACACGGGCUCCUCUCGUGCUCUUCCUGGUCUCCUCCUCCUCUCCCGUGCUCCUCCUGGUCUCCGGCCUCAGCUCCGGUUUAGAUACAACCGUGCUGAGGAGGAGGCGCAGAGGAGGAAUAGGAACCGCACGGUGCUGA